ACGGAAGAGCGUUCUUCCCAGCGUGCAGUGCAGGCGUCCCUGGCAACCCGGUGAGGACAAACAUGGGGCAGGAUUACUACUCGGUGCUGGAGAUUCCCCACAGUGCCACCGACACCGACAUCAAGAGAGCGUACAGGAAGUUGGCCCUGAAAUACCACCCAUUAAAAAAUAAGGAGCCAUCGGCCCCGCACCGUUUCAGGCAGAUCGCUGAGGCGUACGACGUUCUGAGUGACUUGAGGAAGAAGGCCACCUAUGACAAAUUCGGAGAGGAGGGUCUGAAAGGCGGGAUCCCGGCUGAAUUCGGAGGUGAAGAGGCCUGGACCUCGAGUUACGUUUAUCAUGGGAAUCCGGAGAAGACAUUUAAGGAAUUUUUCGGAGGAGAUAAUCCAUUUGCAGACUUUUUCACGCCGGAUGGCUCGGAGGUGAACAUGGGCUUCGGAGGUCUGCGAGGAAGAGGGGUGAAGAAACAGGACCCGCCCAUUGAGAGAGACCUCUUCCUUUCAUUGGAGGACUUGUAUUUCGGCUCCACAAAGAAGAUGAAAAUUUCACGCAGGGUAAUGAACGAAGACGGUCACACAUCCAGCAUACGGGAUAAAAUUCUCUCCAUCGACGUCCAGUGUGGUUGGAAGCCGGGAACCAGGAUCACCUUCCCCAAGGAGGGGGACCAGGGUCCGAACAUUAUCCCGGCGGACAUCAUCUUCAUAGUGAAGGAGAAGCCUCACCCGCGGUUUGUCAGACAAGGUGACGACUUGAUCCACACAGCAAGCAUUGAACUUGUGAAGGCUCUGACAGGCUGCACGGUGGAAGUGGAAACAUUAGACGAGAGAAUAUUAAAUAUCCCCAUAAAUUACAUUGUUCACCCCAAGUACAGUAAGAUGGUUCCUGGGGAAGGCAUGAGGCUGGCCGGUGACCCCAGUCUGAAGGGUGACCUCAUCAUCCAGUUUGAUAUUCAGUUCCCGGAGCACCUGCCACCACAGAAGAAGCAGCUCCUGCGGAAAGCCCUCACGUCCUCACCCGCCCAACACUGA